ACGCCAUCUUUACUCCACCAUUCACGCCGCAGCUGUUGCUCGCAUAGGGGCCUGCCGGUGAACUCACACUCCUCCUUCGCUCUCAAUCUCGCUCAAAACACGCUUGACGCGCGCUUUCCAACAUGGGUGAUCGGGAGGAUCUGGUGUAUCAAGCCAAACUCGCAGAGCAGGCGGAGAGAUACGAUGAAAUGGUUGACUCCAUGAAGAAAGUGGCUGGGAUGGAUGUUGAGCUAACGGUUGAAGAGCGAAACCUGCUCUCAGUGGCCUACAAGAAUGUGAUUGGGGCAAGAAGAGCAUCCUGGAGGAUAAUCAGUAGUAUUGAGCAGAAAGAGGAAAAUAAGGGUGGAGAGGACAAACUGAAAAUGAUUCGUGAAUAUAGGCAAACGGUUGAGACUGAGUUGAAAUCAAUCUGCAAUGACAUCCUUGAUGUAUUGGACAAGCACCUAAUCCCAGCUGCGACUUCGGGAGAGUCCAAGGUCUUCUACUACAAAAUGAAGGGUGAUUACCACAGGUAUCUUGCCGAGUUUGCCACAGGAAACGACAGGAAGGAGGCUGCAGAAAACAGUUUGGUUGCUUACAAAGCUGCUAGUGAUAUUGCAAUGACAGACCUUCAGCCAACACACCCCAUUCGCUUGGGUCUUGCUCUUAACUUCUCCGUAUUCUACUAUGAAAUCCUCAACUCUCCCGACCGUGCAUGCAGGUUGGCAAAGGCGGCAUUUGAUGAUGCUAUUGCUGAACUGGACACAUUGAGUGAAGAAAGCUACAAGGACUCAACGCUCAUCAUGCAGUUGUUACGUGAUAACCUGACACUAUGGACUUCAGAUAUGCAGGGAGAUGAUUCCUAAAGGAAAAUGUUAAUUACCCACAAACUUUAUUUGUGAGGAACAGAAUAAAGAGGCGCUGCAAGAUGUGGAGGAUGAAAACCAAUGAGACAACACAGCCAAUAUGAGACUCCACCGCACUCUCCCCUCUCUUCCCCAGACCCUACUCACAAAGGGAGCCACCAAGCCCAACCUUACGACUGGCACUCAACAGCUUGAUGCCUCCAGUUUUUUUUUCUCUCCCUUUGUUUGAUUUUUAAUAUUAUUCUGUUUUAUUACCCCUUAAAUUGAAAUAAAAUAUACCACUUAUGAAACAAACUUCAAUUAUGAUUUUUGAAUGGUCAGAACUUAAAAAGUUUGUAUUUUAUUUUAAUUUUUCCCUGGUACAAAACAUUUUCCUUUUUUAUGUUCAUUUGAUUUAUUUCUCUACAUUUUUAUCAGUUGCUGGAUAUAUUUUGAGUUUUUCUUAAUGUAAUUACAGAAAUUAACUUUUAUUACUGAUAUGUCUACUAUUAGUGGUUUAAGCUGUAAUAUUUCUGUGUUAGUGCAAUUAUCAAAUGCAGUUAAAGAAAACAAACCUUUAAAAGGGCAAGUUUAAAAGUGCUCUUUUUGUUAAUUUAGUUUUUCAGAGAAAGUCAAAGCAAAUUUCUUUCAUUGUGGAGCAAAAUGCUUAACAUUACAAAGUAGUAGUUAUGUAGUAACAUUUACCAGUGGUCUGGACUGUAAUUUGUGCUAAAAUACUGUAUUGUUCACAUAGGCUGAUUAUGGUGGGUGGAUAGCUGCAGCACUAUAAAAUUGAAGGAGCCUUGUUGCUUUUAGAACCAAGACAUGCAGGUCUCCAUUGGCUGUCUCAAAAAAGAAAAAAAAAAAAAAAAAGCACUAAUAAAGUUGAUUUUAAGCCUGCAUGAUUACAUGAAAUAGUCUAUUUCUCUUCUUCCCCCAAAACUACAUAAUGCUUAUUUUCUUCUGUUCUUUGUUAACUUGAAACUAGUUUGUACUACUGGAUGUCUGACUGGAACCACAGACCUAAAAUCUGUAUUACCAAGAAACAGCAUGGAAUUAACAAUUCACUUAAAAUAAAACUGCCUCGAGUAAAAUAUUUAA